GCUACGGUUUCCUCCAGCCAGCCCAAGCGGAGAUCUUUGCCCGCCAGCAAGAGAUGCUCAGGAAACAGAAUCUUGCCAGGCUGGAGAUGUCCGCGGAAAUUAUCCGGCAGAAAGAACUGGAAAACCUUCACCGCCAGCGGCUCCUGGCGAGCGACCCCAUGGCUUUGCACCCGGGCCUUCCCCCAGACCACCCCGCUUUGCGGAGCCUCCACGAGAUCCCGGAAGGGCACCCGCUUCGGGACGAGCUCUCCCGGAGGAACGCCAUGCUGGUCCUCCGGCACAACAACGCCCCGCUGCUCUCGCUCAACCCUCAAGGGGUCCCCGCCGUCUCCACCACCCCUCCCAAGGAGCAGGGCACGCGGAGGGGCAGCCGGAAGGCCGCGCACUCGCGCUCCGAGGCUCUGGGCCAGAGCGAAUCCAAAGACUUGUUGGACAGCCGUCCGCCGGAGGAAAUGAAGGACUCGGAUAGCGACGCCGAAGCGAGCGACGAGAAACCGGAGGCGCUGAAGCCCGAGAACAGCGGAGCGGCUGGCGAGGUUAAGGAGUGCAAAGAGGCCGUGGCAAAGAUUGGCGAGGGCGCCAAAGAACUGGGCGAGGUGCCAGCUGGGCAGAACCAGCCCUGCAGUUCCUCCAAUCCGGAGUUGCCUAGCUAUCUCCUGGGCCCGACCGUUGGCAAAGCGGAGGCCAAGCUACUCCCCACGGCGUCCCUCCCACCACCCCAGCCGCUGCCGUUUGGUUUCCCGUAUACGAUGAGUCCGUAUUUCCAUGCAGGCACAAUGGGAGGUCUCUUUCUGGAUGGGGACGAGGGUCCCGCCGCCACGGCGUUGCAAGACGUCAGUAAAUGGAGCAUCGAUGACGUGUGCAGUUUCGUGAGCUGCCUCUCCGGUUGUGCUGAAUACAGCCAGGUAUGUUCCCUUAAUAUUUGCAGGGGAAAAAAAGGGG